CGGUUCCAAUUAGUCUGUUUCCAAUCGUCAUCGAGUGAACAACGCCAUGGCUUUUGGCUUUUUGUGGCUCCUGCCCGUGGCGCUUCAGACUGUGGUUCUCGGUUUGGAUUUCUACACCGCCGGCGUUGCGGAGUUCCGACCCUCCAUCGUGGGCGGCAAUUCGGAGCAGCUGCUGGCCGAGAAUCUGGAGGGGUACCUGCAGCUCAUAGCCGCCGGCAAUAGCACCACUGACAUCCUCGUCUUUCCGGAGGCCACUCUCAACAGUGUCCUCCAGCUGACAGCAGUGCCGGCCUUCACCGAACAGAGUCUGUGCGACGAGUCCCCCCAGGACGAUGCGGAGAUAGCUCCGUUCCUGCGUCGACUGGCCUGUGCUGCUCGAGAAUUCCGCACCUACCUGGUGGUCAAUGUAAAGGAGAAGGCUCUGGACAAAGGGAGCGCCUCCGGACAUGCCAUCUACAAUACGAACGUUGUCUUUGACCGGAGCGGAGCGGUGGUGUCUCGUUAUCGAAAGUGGAACCUCUACUUGGAGUCCAACACCAAUCGCACCGAGAGCCCCCAACUGGCCACUUUCCGUACGGAUUUCAAUGUGACCUUUGGCCAUUUUGUUUGCUUUGACAUGCUCUUCUAUGCUCCGGCCCAGGAGCUGGUGGAGGGAUUGGGUGUCCGGCAUGUGAUUGUCACCAAAAUGUUCAACUCGGAGCUGCCUUUCCUGACGGCCAUUCAAUUCCAACAGGGCUGGGCCUGGGCCAACAAAGUGAAUCUCCUGGCAGCCGGAGCGAGUCUUCCCCAGGCCGGCAUCAGUGGCAGUGGCAUCUAUGCCGGCGUCCAAGGCACCGUGGCCCGUGUCCUGAUUACGGAUAGCGACGUGGGCGACAGGAAGAUGCUGUUGGCAAGGCUGCCCGUCAACCCGGAUGACAUCAUACCCCUGGAGGAGGAGCCGGCGGAACCGGAAGCCAUAACAUCUGUCCGCCUAAAGCUCCUCCAGCAACCGGACAUGGACAUGUUCAGCACGUGGGAGUUGCCCAUGGUUGGAGGCAGUUCCGUUAACAAAAGCAUCUGUCAGGAGGAUCUCUGUUGCCGGUUUGAGGCCGAUUGGACUACGAAUGGAUCCGUUCCGGGGUACAGCUACCGGAUGGGCGUCUGGGUGGGCAGGAGGAGGUACGAGGAGGAGCAGUACAGUUCGAUCCGCCUCUGUGGACUCUUCGCCUGCCGGAGUGGUGAUGCAGCGAGUUGUGGGCUACUGGACUCCCAGGAUAAUGUAGUCCUGUUGACCCAAGGCUUGGAGUUCACGAAACUCCUCAUCGAGGGGGAGUUCGUCCGCCGACCCAGGCGCCUGAUCUCGCCCAGCACUCUGAGUGCCUCCGGUUUCUAUCCCCUGCAACCGAGUCAGAUGUCCUGGGCCACCGAGGAGCAGGAUAAUGUGACGCUGGUCAGGAUGCAACUGAAACAGCCUCAAGGACAUUUAAUGACAUUUGCCAUUUAUGGCAAUUAUUUUGAUGAAAGUGCAGGAGGUGGUGGGAGUUCUCUUGUAACUGCUCCGGGAGUCCUUUUGCCUCUGCUAUUAGUCCUCCUGCUGACCAUUAAGAUGUAUUUUAAGUAAUUGGAUAUUUAAUGUUUUAUUUUUAAAUUUCAUUUAACAUUGGCACUAUGUUUUUUAAAGGAAUGAUAUUUUGUUCAGAUUAUUUGUAAAAUUUUUAUCCAUUUGAUAUAACUCUUUAAAUUAAAAAAUGUUUUAAAACUUUUUAUUCUAUAAAUUUUUUAUAAGCACUCCUUUAAAAUAAUACCUAAACUCUUCCUGGUCCUAAUGUGUUACAAAUUCGUAUUUUUAUUUCUUUACUAUUAUUAUUUAAAAACAAAGUUUAAAAUUUAGUUUUUCAACAAUUCCGAAUAAAUAAUCUUUUCAAAUAAUAUUCUUAUUGAACUAUUCCUGAUCCCAAUGUUUUAUCAAUUAUAUUUUAUUACAAUUUUUAUACAAUAUUUUUAUAAAUUUUUGUACCUUUUCAGAACUAGUUUUUCUUUGUAAAUUCUGAUUCUAAAGAUUCGCUAAAAAUAAUGUUUUAAUCUAACACUUCCUGAGUAUUUAAUACAAUUUCUAAUAACCUAACACUAUUAACUAUAAUUAUCUGCUUAAAAAAAAACAUUUUUUUUUUAAGUUUCAGAACUAGUUUUUCAAAAAUUCUGAAUUAAAUGUCCUUUAAAAUACACUCCUAAUUUAAUUCU